GGUUGUCUAGGCUCCGGGAGGUAAUGCCCCGGAAGGCAGGGAACUUGGAAGAGGCCGAGGCCGGUGUGGAGGAGGUGGACGCGGAGGAGGUGGGCGCUGAAGAGUACGGCGGGGAGGAGUCGGGCGCCGAGGAGUCUGGCCCGGAAGAGUCUGACCCCGAAGAGCCGGGAGCCGAGGAGGAGAUGGAGGCUGGGCAGCCGCGACCGGUGCUACGCUCAGUGAACUCUUGCGAGCCGUCUCAGGUCAUCUUCUGCAACCGCAGUCCGCGCGUCGUGCUGCCGGUGUGGCUCAACUUCGACGGCGAGCCGCAGCCGUACCCGACGCUGCCGCCCGGCACGGGCCGCCGCAUCCAUAGCUACCGAGGUCACCUUUGGCUUUUCCGAGAUGCAGGGACAUAUGAUGGACUUCUGGUUAACCAAACUGAACUAUUUGUGCCAUCUCUCAAUGUUGAUGGACAGCCUAUUUUUGCCAACAUCACACUGCCAGUGUAUACUCUGAAAGAGCGGUGCCUCCAGGUUGUCCGAAGCCUAGUCAAGCCUGAGAAUUACAGGAGACUGGACAUCGUGAGAUCACUCUAUGAAGAUCUGGAAGACCAUCCGAAUGUAAGGAAAGACCUGGAGCGGCUGACACAGGAGCAUAUUGAAAACCAGCGGAUGGAAGGGGAGACUGAAAUGAAAUGAAAUGAAACUGAAAUGAAAUUUGCACUCCUGAGUCUCGGCCUUAGAUGGUACUGACUAGUCUUGAUCUACAUUUAGGACUGGUCACUUAUUCUCAGAUUCAAGGUGUCUCAUUCCCGGAGGGAAAAAUCCUCCAUUGCUUAAAGGAAAGUUAACUGACUUCACUAGGCAUUGUGAUGUUUAGGGGCAAAUGUCACGAAAUGUAAUUUAAUGCCUGCCCUUUCUAUAAGUAUUCAGGUAUUCAUCAAGUAGUUGCAUUUUUGCCUCCUAGUAAGUCAGGAAAGUUUGUAUGUAAGGACUUUUGUGUAAGUGCUUCAAUGAGAAUUGCAGCAUACUCUAAAAUUGUAAGAAAACAGUGGCAUCUGCUUUUAAUUGCUGUGUUGUGGUUGGUGACAUGUCAGCCUCCCACUUGGAGAAGACAGACAUGUCCUUGAGGCAGGGACAAGUCUGUCUUCUCUUUGAGACCCCAGUGCCUCACACAUUAUGAGCCUUCAGUCACUGUUUGUUGAAUGAACAAACCAGUGGAUACUUUGGUAGAAAGUGUUUGGAGGUUUUGCCCUUUUUUGGGGGGUGGGGAGGUGGGACCUUACGGUGUAUACCAUAAACAAAUGUUUUAAAGGGAAUUACUUUUAUAGAAAGCACUUUUUAUAACUUUCUAAAUUUUGUGCUUUUCUGUGUCCGCUGUUGUUGCAGUGCUCUUUUAUUUGUUUCUAAACCAGGAUUAGCUUUGUGGUGAUCACUUUUUUUAAACUUGACAGCUGAACUGAAGAUAGGAGAAAAUAGCUGUCCUCUUAAUUCUAGUAUUAAGGAGCUACUGCUGUACUGCAAAUAGGUUUUUGCCAAGUGUGGAUAUUUCUGUUACUUUUUGUAAAUCCAUUACAUUUCUGUUUGGCUUAGCAUUUUUUUUUUUUUUUUUAAUGCUGCCAGCAUUUUAACCAGGGGCCAGUGGUUUUGGGUGCUGGGGACCACUGAGGAGAGCCACUCUUGGGUUCAUGUGGACUCACGAGGCUGCCUGGUUUAGCAUUUUUCAUCAGGCAGGAACUGGUGAGACUUUGCACCUGGCUGGAAGAGAGGUGGAGGAAGGAAGCCCUCCAUCUCUGGGAUUACUUACAACACAGAAUGGAUUCCUGGAGUAGCUAAGAAUGUUUUAUAGUUUUAUAAAUGUACAAAUCCUUUCUUAUAGGCUGGACUUAAAUUGAUUAAUUCACAUGCAAUACUUCUAUCAGUC